AUGUUUUUUCAAGGUUACCUGAAAGUACCGAAUUCCGGCCGUGCUGAGGCUGAAGAGUACGGUGGCGAUGUGGAGGACAAAUUAAUAAAUGGAGAUUCGAGCGAGAUCUCCAAAAUUACAGCAAAAAGCAAUAGGCUACAGAUUCCAAUGGUGCUCUCGAUCGUGGUCAACCUCUUUCUCCUGGGUAUAAUGAUUUUUCGGCACGAGUCGCCCCAUCCACUGUAUCGCUCAGAAUACGCCGGUUUAGCCCGGACAGUUCCCCGACCGUGGGGCCCCAAUACAGCGGUCAACGACACUGAACAAGACGCUCUAUGGGAUGCAACGAGCUACGACCUGGGUAACAUCGCGCUAUCAGACACGUACGCCCGCUCCAAGGGCCUACCCCGCGCCCAGCGCUUUCCAUGGGACAACAAAAAGGGAAUUUACCUCAUCAAUGCAUACCACAACCUCCACUGUGUGAAGACCAUGCGGACGGCUCUCAUAGAGUUUCGCGAUGGGAAACCCCAGAGCUCACCUUUCGGUCAUUUGGAACACUGUCUGCUUGUCCUUCGCGAUGAGGCUAUGUGUAAUGCAGAUGACACGCCACGAUAUACGGGCUUCCAGCCGAACCAGAAGAGUGGACUAGGACAGGUGCGGAUGUGUCGAGAUUUUGAGCAGUUGGAGCAGUGGGCGCGGGAUCAUACGGCGUGUUGGAGACACGUAGGUGAGAUUCAUGAGGAGGGUUUUCGGGAGUUAGAUCGGUAUAGGUUUUGUCCUGAGGGAAGUCCGUAUAAGGAAAUGAGUGAGACGAUGUAUCUGAAGGGGGAUUGGUGGAAGCAGUACAAGGAUGGCGGACUGUAACAUUCACG